UUACUUUUGCCCCGCCUUUUCAAUAUCACUCACUUGCGCACCCUUGUAUAUAAAAGUCAGUUUAGACGAGGCCAAUUUUAUUUUGUUGAUUCUUCACGUAAUCAUUUUUUCUUCUUCGUUUUACUACCUUUCAGUCUUCCCCCUCUCUCCAAGUAAUUUUCACACAUUUUUACGGCUCCCACCUUAUAAUAAUUUUAUUUAUUAAUAACUCAUUCCUUUUUUAUUAGAAAAUCGCUAAAAUGAUAGUAAAACUCGUCUCUGUUCAAAUAUUAUUAUUUUUGGUUGCCGAAUUGUUUAAUGAGGGACAAGCGCAAAUGGUGAAACAAUGCCUUUGUUCACAGACGGAACCUUGUGCCCAAAAAUAUUUUGGAGCGUUGGAACCGUGUAUAGAGUCGUGUCAGCACCAUCUACAAGCAUUGGGAGGAAACUUUGCUGCAUUAAAACAAUGCUUCAAACAAAAACAAAGUUUGAUAUCAUCUGCAAUUCAAUGCACACAGGGGCAAAACAAAAAUGCAUGUGCUCAGUCAGGCGGGGAAAUGGUUCCCAAACGAUACCCUGAAACAAUGCAAAUUGCAGCAUUUGCUGAAAUUAACAAAAUGAUAAAUAGCAUGGGAUUGGGGAACGAAGCAAAAGGUUUUAUGGCCGUUGGUAAGAAAAUGUUUGGAUGUGUACGAACAUGUAUGGCUAAAAAAUCUGGAAAUUGUGAUAAGAAAAUGGCUUGCGGACUCAAGUUACCCCCAGACAACGUUCUUGUUCAAUCAGCAAAACAGUGCGCAAUUAGCAGCGGCUUAAAUACUGAAAACGUAAGAGCAUUGUGUCAAUGUUCAGCUGGGGCUGGCGUCAAAGGCCUUGGAAGCGUUUGCAGCAAAAUAAAGAUAACUUAA